GCUGGAAGUGCGCAGUGCCAAGAUGGCGGCGGCCGCGGUCGGAGUCUCCUUGAGACGCGGAGUCCCCGGACGGCUCCUGCGGGCCGGGCCGCGGGCGGUGCUCCGUGAGGCGCAGACGGCGGCGGCGGCGCCGCGGCUGAAGAAAUUCGCCAUCUACAGAUGGGACCCCGACAAGCCUGGGGACAAACCCCGAAUGCAGACCUACGAGGUGGACCUGAACAAGUGUGGGCCCAUGGUGCUCGAUGCCCUGAUCAAGAUCAAGAACGAGGUGGACUCCACGCUGACCUUCCGCAGGUCCUGCAGGGAGGGGAUCUGCGGCUCCUGCGCCAUGAACAUCGCCGGGGGCAACACCCUGGCCUGCAUCAAGAAAAUCGACAGCGACCUCAACAAAGUCACCAAAAUCUACCCCCUGCCCCACAUGUACGUGGUGAAGGACCUGGUGCCGGACCUGAGUAACUUCUACGCCCAGUACAAAUCCAUCGAGCCCUACCUGAAGAAGAAGGACGAGUCCAAGGAGGGCAAGGAGCAGUACCUGCAGUCCAUCGAGGACCGACAGAAACUGGACGGGCUCUACGAGUGCAUCCUGUGCGCCUGCUGCAGCACCAGCUGUCCCAGCUACUGGUGGAACGGUGACAAGUACCUGGGCCCCGCCGUGCUCAUGCAGGCGUACCGCUGGAUGAUCGACUCCCGCGAUGACUUCACGGAGGAGCGGCUGGCGCAGCUGCAGGAUCCGUUCUCGCUCUACCGCUGCCACACCAUCAUGAACUGCACCCGCACCUGCCCCAAGGGGCUGAACCCCGGCAAAGCCAUCGCUGAGAUCAAGAAGAUGAUGGCGACCUACAAGCAGAAGGCAGCGGCUGCGUGACCCUGGAGUAACCUCGGAGUAACCCUGGAGUGACCCCAGUGACCCCAGAGUGACCCCAGUGACCCCGGAGUGACCCCAGUGACCUCACAGCCGGGCAGCUCCAGCAGGGCGUUACUUGCAAUAAAGGCUCUAAAGAACA